AGGCCCCGCCCCUCCUGACCAUUGAUCACCUCUCUCAGGUCACCAGCGCGAGGAAAAAGGAGCAAGUGACACAGUCUGGCAAAUAUUUUGAACACCUCGACAGUCAGUUGUGAAGCGCUUCGCCUUAGUUAUGCCUCUGCGGAUAGUGGUGCCAGGUCCCGGGCCAUGGGGAUUCAGGCUGGUUGGAGGAAAAGACUUCGAGCAGCCGCUGACUAUUUCUCGGGUGUCACCUGGAAGCAAAGCAGCCCAGGCCAACCUCUGUAUUGGUGAUGUGAUUUUAGCUAUUGAUGGUGAAGCUGCAGACAACAUGACUCACUUGGAAGCACAGAACAAAAUUAAGGGGUGCAUACAGGAGAUGGCACUUUCUAUUGACAGGUCAGAAAAUAAGUUGUGGUCGCCACUCUCUUCAGAAGAAGGAAAGUCACAUCCCUACAAGAUGAAUCUUGCAUCAGAGCCACGGGAAAUGAAACAAAUAGGCUCCGCCCACAACAGGAGUGCGCUGCCAUUCUCAGGUUUCGGUUCCAAGGUUGUGACCAACCAGUACAACAACCCGGCUGGCCUCUACUCCUCAGAGAACAUCAAGAAUUUCAACUCUGCUGUGGACGAAGUCAAAACGUUGACAACCACGAACGAGCCUGAUAACGAUGCUGCAGAUCCAUCCAAGUCCACUAAGCGACCACCUAUAGCUGCAGAUUCAGAAGUCUACAAAAUGUUGCAAGAGAAUCAGGAGUCUGAUGAGCCCCCACGACAGUCUGCUUCCUUCAAGGUGCUUCAGGAGAUUCUCGAAACGGGCAAUUCUGACAGACCAUCAGGGUUCAGGAGUGUGAAAGCACCCACAACAAAGAUUGGCUCCUCUGUUGGAAAUGCUGAGAAGCUGCCUGUCUGUGACAAGUGUGGAUCAGGGGUUGUGGGGAUGUUGGUAAAGCUGCGUGACAAGUUCCGACACCCUGAGUGCUACACCUGCACAGACUGCGACGUCAACUUGAAACAGAAAGGACAUUUCUUUGUGGAGGACCAGAUUUACUGCGAGAAGCACGCACGCGAACGAAUGACCCCGCCUGAGGGCUAUGAUGUGGUCACGGUCUUUCCCAAGUAAAGGGAGCAGGGAGUUCAGCCUCAAGACUGCGCGCUGGUUUUAAGACACUUCAAAACAAUUAGCUUUGAAUUAGUUACUCUUCUUGUAUACACACUGGAAGAGUAGACAGAACAUGAUUUGCACAUCAGAACAUCCGCAAUUGGUAAACUUUCUAGUUUACAGGAAAUUUGUAUUUUACCACUGAUUUGAAUGGUAAUUUGUACCGUAUUCACAGAAAAGGAACCACUGUCUGGAUUUUUUUUUUUUUUUUUUUAACCUUUGAGUUUUAAACAAGGGACUGUCAUGCUCGACAACACACAGUUCAUGAUUUUUCUACUGUUUUUAUUGAUUGAACAAACAAUUUUACAGCAGUGUCUCAAGGAAAGAUUUUAAUGUCAAUGCCAAAUAAAUAUUUUAGUGUAA